AUGACAAGUUUGAGAGAUGAUGUCAACAUUGAAAUGGGUGAAAUGGGUGCUCAGAACCGAGCGCCACCUGAAAAUGGAGAACUACAAGAUCAACAAGAAACUGAUCAUCUUCCAAACAAUGACGAAGGAGGAUUCAGUCUCAUUGCGAAAAUUGGGUUCAUCAUUGUCUUUUUUAUCUUUUGCGCCGUCGUAUCAUUCGAACUUAAACUUGUUUUUGGAAUAGUGAAGGCUGUAGUCAUUGGAGAGUACAGAAAAUUCACGCACUCUGGUGAUGAUUCGACAGUUUCCUCCAAUCUUACCCAGGCUGGCUGA